AUGGACAGCGUGGCAACAUUAGUAACUGAUGUUCGUACAGCAUUUUCCAAAAAUGAAUCUGUUGUAGCCGCCUUCCUAGAUAUUUCCUCCGCAUAUGACAGUGUCCUUCUUCCCAUUCUCAGGCAGAAACUGCAACAGCUGAGUCUCCCGGUCAAGAUGGUUCAAUGCAUAUGCGCACUUCUUAUGUCGCGGUCUUUGGUGCUGAGGGUGCAGGGUGAGGUAUUUGAGGAGAGAUACACAUGGAAGGGCCUUCCCCAAGGCUCUGUCCUUAGUCCACUUUUAUACAACUUGUACACAAUUGACAUUGGUUCCUGCUUAAACAGAGACUGCCGCAUUCUGCAAUACGCUGACGAUCUGGCGCUCUACGUAACCAAUGAUUCAAUUGUGGACGCUGCUUCUUCACUCUGCCUUUCUCUGGACUCUCUGCACCAGUGGCUUCUAGAUCAUGGCCUGUCACUAUCUGCUCCAAAAAGCUCGGCAGUAAUUUUUUCUCGGAAACGUCUGAUCCCUCAGGUUAAUAUUAAAGUUCAAGGUCAGGGCGUUCCUGUUGUUAGGAAGGCUAAAUUCUUAGGGGUCUACCUUGACUCAAAGUUGACUGGAACUGACCACUUUGGUUACCUGGUCAAAAGUAUCCAACAAAAGGAGGUUCAUUUAGUAUGGAUACCUAGCCACUGUGGUAUCAAGGGCAAUGAAUGUGUAGACGCCCUGGCUAAAGAUGCUUGCGCAUCAAUUACAGCCGAUCCUGCGCACUUCUCCCUUCAAGGUUGUAUUACAAGCUUCCAAAACGUCGAAAAUGCAAAAGAAAAGAUCGAUUCAUUGGUCUUAAAAGUCAUGAGCCUUCGCUUACCCGAUCAGGAUCCCAAGCACUUUGCCAUCAAAGUUACAUUCUUCGAUCAACUGCUGGUGCAUGCUAUAAUUAAGUCGAUAGGCGCUAGAGAUGAAGAGUCUUCUAACUCAAUAGCAAAUGGCACCUUGACUUAUGAUCCGUCGGAUUACGAGAAAAUGAGCUUGUAUGCUGAUUGUCCUUUAGUGGUACACAUUCAACCUCUUAGAAACAUCGAUACAUCAAAAUCGAGCGCAUACCACUUGGAACAGAGUGUUAUAAAUCCAACAAAAACACGGAACAUCAGUUGCUGCAACAUUGAUAUUCUGUCCAUUUUCCUUGACCAACAAAAGAUGUGCAUUAAGAAACGCAUGGAGCCUAUGGUUGAGCCAUCAAUGAUGCAUCGGAAGAGUUGGGAUACUCUUCCACUUCUCACGCUAGAACUAACAGCAGAAAGGGAUGCUUCGAACAUAACGCAUCACAAAGUUUUGAGAGACGCCAACUGGAUGAAAGUGACUCUGGUCGCGUGUUAUAAUAUGUUCAUUCCCUUUGAAAAGGACUACGUCUACACCGCAGCUUCGAAAUUACCUUCUUAUAGUGACGAUGACGAAGCUAGCCUCAUAACUUUUAGCCAAGGCUACAGAGAGCCACGACGAUUCAAUUGUACUAAUUUCUAUCCGAAAUGGGAAAGUUUGAGAUCUGCAGGAGAAGUUUUUACACAAUCUGAUCAAAAAUUGCAAUGUAAUUUAAAAGAAUUAAAGAAUGAAGAUAAUAUCGACCUCCAACACUACUUGAAUAAAGUACUUCCUUAUCAUACCGCGGUUUGGGGCUCUUUCCACAGAACGCUAAUGUUAAAGGAUAAAGACGCUUGGCUGUGGAAUCACCUCCGCUGCCACAAGUGGCCCUUUGAGAUGCACAUCUAUGGAGAAAGUGGAGGCUACAGCUUCAUGGCAUUCUUAAAUUUGUUCCAACUUCUCUUUCCUGGAGAACAAAUCAUUCGCCUUGUGGUACCACUGCAUUGGGUUCACCCAGUCCUGAUGAUGAGGGAGUGCGGCUGUGACCUGCUCCUCACACCGAAUGAUAGACCUCCGUCAGGCAUCAACGAGAGGCUCCCGUCACCUUCUCCUGCCUUACCGAGAGCAAGUAAAAGUAGCAGAGUAGUAACAGAUUCCUCGGUGGGAACAUCUGUGAGCACGAUCACAACAGUCCAAAUGAAAGCUACAGGUGCCGAUGAUAAUGACGCAUUCAUCAUUGUAGAAGUCAGACUAGCUAAACCACUGAAGAGUGUAGCUAAAGUACCACGAAUACUCAAAGAUGAAAUAUCAGCCAUGCUUGUAGAAAUGGAGAAAGACGGUCCUAACUCACGAAAAUGCACAGGUCGUGGACAACUGGAGACUGACUGGCAAAAAACCGUUCGUUCAGCUGUGAACUCUUUACGCAAAGUUCCAUAUUACGGAACUACGGAAUUCUGCACGUUCAACCGGCAGCUGAGCGAGACGAGGACUCGAGUGGAGUUGACCACUUCAUGCUGGCAGGACGCGGCCACAUUCAUCAACAAUAACUUUGUAGUGCAGCAGUAUCUACAUUCGGAUGAUGUCUUUGAAGAAUUGGUGAUGAUGGCUCAAGCUUGCCUCAUGAAAUCUGCGUGCGCCGUACUGUUAGGUCCUGACAAAAACCGCGAAGUAGACCCGGCAGUGAGAGCGGCGAGACACGCUCGUCAGAUGCAGGACAUCAAUCAUGCUUUGGAGCUUUUUUUCAAGUUGGUGGUAGAAGAGCCCCGCAAUGCUGACCAUUGGCGAGAGGUAUCGACUUGUCUCAAAGAUGUGGAUAGAGACUGGGCCAACGUUUGUCUUAACAAAGCGGUUGUUCUGAAUCCUCGACACCCGCUCUCACUUCUAUCAAAAGGUGCGAUGUUGUUUGAAGAGAAUCCUUUGGCAGCUGAACCUUUCUUCAUGGCGCUCCUCGCAUUCUGUCCAGUCUGGUCUACUGUAUGGGCAGUUACCAGCGUCUACUUCUACGAACGCCAGCUGUACCACGUGGCAGAUGUGAUCAUGAAAUGUGCUGAAAAGGUUCGCGCCGAACGAAGUCCAGAGGAAAAGAGGUUCCCUCGAACAUGGGGACGGGAGCUGGGAGACUGGUAUGACAGCACCCCUCUACUGCCCGGCAUGAGCCUCUACUAUGAUGCCGCUGAUCUGCUGCUCAGGCUCAGGGCCAUUCCUGUUAGUAUUAUGGUGAAGAUGUUAGAUUUUGCUUUGACGUUGGCAGAGGUAUGCAUGUCUCGCAUACUAUCAGCACACGGAGAGACGGCUCCGUACUAUCACCUCAUUGCUCUGAGUUGCCGCCUGCGAGGAAACUAUGAGGAGGCGGUGUGCCACUUAAAUAUUGCUUUUACGAAGUUUGGAGAGAUUAAUUACCUAAGGACCCUCGAAGCUGAAUGCCAGCACAGACUGGGCAACAUCGACAAAGCCAUCGAAUCGUUCGGAAAAGCCGGCUGUUGUAAUGGUGCUUUCAGUAUUUUAAUGUCAGUGGCGUGUGGAGACAACCAGAAGUCCCGUGCGAUACUAUUGGACCUAGUUCGCCGGCAGAAAAGUGCUUACGCAUGGACUGCACUCGCCGAAGACUGGUUGGUAAGUAACUCUAUAACGGACAUGAGUGAAACGGAUCUCAAGGACAGUUCAAAAAUGUCGACUCAGCAACUGAAUGCCAAGUGUUGCGCGAUUUCCUCUGCCAUACAGGCUCUGAAGAUGGACCGGCGAGCGGGCAAGGCGUGGGCAAUCCUGGGCAAGAUGGUGAACCCCUGUGCCAGGCGCUUGUAUUGUCUUCAAAUGGCCAGCAUGUGCGGCUGGGAUGUAACUGAUAAAGAUGUGAAGAAGGCAUCCCUUCCUUCGAAAUACUCGCUGUGUUUCGGUGUCAACACUUCGAUAGGAGAGUGUCGGUGCUCUAUGUGCGAUAGAACACGUUUGUAA